AUCUUAUUACUCAAAAAUUAAACAUUUAUUGUUGCCCAAAAUGGAUCCGAUAUCCCCUCCCCCGGCCCUCACGCAUCUUUUCACUCUCCGUUGCGCCGUUGCACCGCCCAUGGAGAUCGGCACCGGGCCCUACGGACGUCGGCGUUGCGUGCCGAUCGAGUCUGGGACGGUGCACGGGAAAUAUCUUAAUGGGGAGGUGGUUUCAGGUGGUGCAGACUUCAUGCUCGUGGAAACCGACCAGACAACGCACGUGAAUACAAACUAUGUGAUUAAGAGUGACGAUGGGGCGUUUCUGUAUAUUCGGACGGAAGGCACUAGAGCCGGUCCUCCAGAGGUCCUACAGGCCUUGAUGGAGGGUGGUCCAGUUGAUCCGUCGCAGUAUUGGUUUCAUCUACACAUCAAGAUCGAGACGGGCCAUGAGAAGUACAAGUGGUUGAACAACCGGGUCAUCGUGGGUCGAGCGACCAGGGCGAAGGGCGAGGUUGCUUAUGACGCGUACUUCCUAGAGGAUAAGGCUUGGAGCUUUUGAUUGAAAUGAUGAUGAAAGGUUGUGGGUAUAUUCUAUAUAUGCAAUGCA